AUGGACUUUGACCCAUCCGAUAAUUUAGGGGAGCUUAACAUUGCGGAGGUUUUGCAUGCUGCUGGGAUAGAAGGAUCUGCCAGCAAGGGCAACAUCUCAUGCCAGGGUAACCAUGAGCUUCAAAAUCAGAACACUAACCUGAAAAAGCAAAUCAGGGAACUCCAGGAGGCCAUUAAGCUCCUUAGCGACCAUGUGCAUGCCGGUGGAACUCCUUCCGCGCCGACACCUUCUACCGCUGGCAGCUCCAACUCCACUGCCACUUUGGUGGCUGCCCCAUUCAAUCUCGCCAAACUCAAGCGUGAGCUUGACAUGUUCAACCUCAAGGGUCUCGAUGUGCCCUCCAGCCUUCUCUACGAGGCCGAUGUCAACAUCAUCCUCUCUGCUUCCGACUACCUGCAGAUGGAAUCCACAUGGACCUCCCACGAGUACCAGCCUGUUGAUGACAAGAUCAAAACCGAGCACUCUGAUAACAUCAAGAAGGCUCCAAAGGGAUCCAAGGGCAUCAAUGGCCCCAAAUGCAUAAGUAAUAACAUUAAUGAUACUAAUCAGUAUAUUACAGGCAAGGACAGCACCCCGGUUGGUGGCAAUCUCAUUGUGGAAAUGCGCAAGGACAUUUGGGAGCUUUUAUACGAUAUUGGUGUGCGCACCUGCCUUCCGCAGACCUUUAGUGAGAUGCCUCUCUGUCUAUGUGAGAGGAACUGUAAGGUAUGGUGCCUCUCGGAGAGUGUCUAUGCCAGCAUGAUCUCCACAUACCAGGAACACAUAAAGGUGCAGGAGGAGGAGGAAGCACGGAAGGGGAUUGAAGAGAAGGAGGCUCAGGCUGCAAAGCGAUGCAGGGUGGAGGCCGACGUCUCCCUCGCCCAGUGUAUCGACGUUGGGAUGUGCGGUAACAUGCGGCCCAUCCGGAUGGCGCGCCUGCUCCUCGCCUCCCCGCAGCAGCUCGGAGCGCAGCUCGGGCUCCCCAUCUCCCCGCCGCCAUUGCUCGCCCCCUCCUCCCCCUUCUCGUAUGAUGCCCCACCCCUUAACCCCGCCGUUCCCACAUCCGCCUCGUAG